AUGGCAGUAGCUGAGCUCAAGAUGAGUUUUCCUCCCGAAAUAAACGUUGAAGAGUACUUAUCAAACAGACUCGAGUAUAAACAGCCAUUAAACGCAUAUAUGAUAUAUAGAAAAGUUUAUGUCCGAACAUUUAAAGCGAAAGGAAUACGAUUAUCUUUAUCUAAUGUUUCCAAGUUAUCAAGUAAGGCUUGGAAGAAAGAGCCCGCUGAAGUCAAGAAAUGGUACAGAAAGUUCUCAGAUGAUGUACGUAAACAACAUAGAAAAAUGCAUUUGAGAUUCAGAGAAGUCAGGCCAGGACCUACAAGAAGUGAUGUAUCAUCCUACAAGGUAUUUAUCUUUGUCCCUGAAAAUCCAGUCGAAGGUCCUCCAAGCUUAGAAUCAGCUUCUACCGAAAUCACGAAGAAUAAUACUUCUAAUAAAAAAAUAGAUAUGAAUUUAAAUAACUUUAAUGAUUUGUAUAUGUAUCCUUUAAGAUCACAUUAUGACCCAUAUAACAAUAAUUCUCCAUUAAUGACUAUAUUUCGCCAAUAA